UGCAACUUCAUCCGCGGACCUUUGGCUUGUGGAAACCGCAUCUGACUGUUAUGAGUGAGCAGUCUCUGAAGGCAUAUAAUAUCGAUAUCGAACAUCACAAUCUCGAACCUGCGCAGAGGGUGAGAGCUCUGCAGGCAUGGCAGCAAUCCAGGCUGACGUCGAGGCUGCGCUGGAUGAGAAGGAGUACUUGCCGGGCUUCGCUGAUUUUAGCCAUUUCAUUGCAAGCGACCACAGUCUAUCAAUUUACAGGAAAUUCGCAGUUCUUGGGGCUCGCAAUCUCUUGUACCUGCAAGCGGAACUACAGCUUCUGGAGAUAAAUCUUCAAGAACUGGACGUCGAGGACAAACGAACGAUCGCGACUUCGAGCAAUGAUUUGGAGAAAAUAAAGGUAGAGAAGGGUGCCAGAUCUUGGGAGGAGUUGAAAGAGCAGGCCGAUGAAGGCAAUGAAAAGCAAGCUGGGAAACUCAGAAUAAUCUAUAGAAUCAGGAAGUUGAUGCAAGAAUAUGAGGAGGCCUUGCUCCGGCGGAACGAAGUGCUCAGGCUCGAGAAGCCGGAGAAAUCACCAUUCAAUGCUUUCAAAACUUGGUUUCGAAGAAGACCGCCGGUAUUGUGGGGAAGCGGUUUUCGUCUUCUCCACGAUGAAGAAGAUAUGAUCGCACUUGGAAGUCAAGAUGAGCCGGAUCGAAUGUCGGCGCUGAUGCAUCGAUGUCUUGGAUACCGACUCCGGGUAGAGCGAGAGACACCAAGAUCGUGGGGCCCGAUGUACUACUAUCCAGUCGAAAGAGUAGCAUUCAUAGUCGGCUUGAUAAGCAUUCUGGUUUCAGCGGCGUUGCUGGUGGGAGCGAUCAUGUCGCUGCAUUUCGUGAAGCCCAUGGGGAUUCGACUUGGGCUGGUGGGAAUCUUCACUACUUUGUUCGCUGCAUCUAUAACGUUGUUGACGCAUGCAAGGAGGAUCGAGGUGUAUGGAGCGACUGCCGCGUAUGCUGCUGUGCUGGUUGUCUUUAUCAGCGUCAACAAUUGAACUGCGGGGAUGGAGGUCAACUGAUCCUGGUUUUAUCACGGCGACGGCUUCUUCAAUCGGCCAUCACACUCUUUACCGGAGUGCGAGAAAGUAUGCAGGAGAACUUCGAGAAAUGGCUGUCCCGUCUUAAUCAUGAGGGAUGUUUUGUUCAUACAUGAAGCAGGUGUGGGAUUGUUGAUGAUACGAAGCUGUAUUUCGGUGACCAGGAAAGCCAAGUCCUAGUUUUAAAGGAAGGAAAGGUGGCUAGCGAGAUGUGAAUGGAGAAGGAACUUGCCUUCACGUGAGUGAAUAUCGUGAUUUCAACUUUGGUUAUCUUUCUUACCCCCAGAAGGAAUCAAAG